UAUUUACAAAAAGAACACACGAAAAUUUUGCCACCGAAAUUAUAUUCAUUCGGCCUCGUUGCUAGGGAUGAUGUUGAGUAUAUCGAAUAUAUACUGAUAUAUCGAGUAACUGUUAAAUCAUCCCUGUGUAGUUGCCAUGAAGCAAAUGUGUAGUUACCGUGUAAGAACAAUUUAUUUUGUUGAGCUUCCUUGCACAUCAAAAACAAUCAAAUAAAAGAAGGUGCUCACAGCUAGCUAAUCUUGUACAAAAUUGGAUUAUGAAUGAUUCUGAUUCUGAGUACGAGGAAACCGAGUACUUGGUGUUUGCGGAUUUUAAAAACCAAUUGCCUCCUCACCUGCUUAAGCACGAGAAUGCUGCGAUUAAAAUUAUAGGAGUUGAGAGCGACCACCCCAUGGCCGAGGUAAAUGGCAGCAUUUACAAAGGCACCUACGAGCAAUCCACGGGGACGAAUGUGUUUUUCGAAAAGGACACGGAUCGUUCGCCGGCUGACCCGCUUUUCGAGGCAGCCUGUCGACAGAAGUACCAAUACCUGGACAAGUCUGACAAAGUCAUUUCCUUCGAGCGCGUUUACAUAGAGAAUUUACCGCCAGAGCCCGAGAAAUCCACAAAGGUGCAAGAGCCGGUCAUUGCCGAAGACACGGACACGCCGCAGACAACGAAGCUGAAUAUCAACUAUAAGGAAGCAAUAAAUAAGUUCGGAGAGGAGCAUUAA